AGUUGAAGUGUGAGGAUGGGGGGACUAUAGUUUGAGGAUAUCAAGGCUUUACAACCUGGGGACGAAAUGACACCUUUCGAUUCAUCCGUGCUUAUGAGUCGAUUCUUUUGAACGAGUCGUUUAAAAAGAUCGACUUGUUUGUGAAUCGCGACCGGAUUGUACAGUGAGGAGGACAGCAGAGAGGAGGAGGGCUGCGAUACACUGGGCAAACAGCAUUUCUUCACGCCUUUCACAAUGAUGAGGAUUGUCUUGCUGCCGUGUUUAUGGGGUCUUCUCUCCCUCUCGCUUGCUCAACUGACAGACACAGAGGAAGGUGGAGCUGAGGAGGAGGUCGUCGAGCUCUUCACUACACCUCGCACUAAACUUGGUGCUGCAACCUCAGACUUUGGCUACAACCUGUUUCGUACGCUAGCUGCCCGCGAUCCCAAGGCCAGUGUCCUCCUGUCUCCCAUAAGUAUCUCAGCUGCCUUCACACAACUCUCCCUGGGAGCAUCUGAGCACACAGUGAAGCAGCUACAUCGGGUCCUGCGCUACCACAACCUUAAUAACCCGCAGCUCCAUGACACUCUAAGAGACCUGCUGGCAUACCUCCAAGCCCCUGCUAAGGGCUUUAACUCUGUAGGGCACCUCCUCAUAGGAAAGAGACUACGCCCUAAUGUGCAGUACCUCACCAGCGUACAGAAACAGUAUGGGGAACGACCUCAAGUUGUCAUGGGUGGAGCUCGAGAAAUCAAGCGUAUAAAUGAUUGGUUCAAAAAGAAAACUGCUGGGAAAGUGAAUAAUGUCCUUGGAGCUGCUCUCCCACGUACUCCAACAGUGGCGCCUGUGGGAGCAGCCUACUUCAAAGGAAAGUGGAUAACCAGGUUCAGCCAGACUGGUAAGAAGGAGGAGUUCCAGUUGGAUGGAGAGGCCCCAGUUAGCAUUGCCGUGAUCAAGCAGGAUCAUUACCCAGUCAAAUUGGGCAUUGACUCGGACCUUAGUUGCACGAUAGCACAAGUUCCCAUGGAGGAUGGAGUCAGCAUAUACUUUUUCCUGCCAGAUGACGUGACUAAGAACUUGACUCUGAUUGAGGAGGCGCUGACAGCAGAGUUUGUGCAGGACCUGGCCAACACUCUCCACUCGGUACAAGUUCAGCUCACACUCCCUGUACUCAAACUGGGAUACAGCACCGACCUCUUCAGUCCCCUCUCGGACAUAGGCUUAUCCGAUUGGCUGAAUGCUCCAGGGCUAACCAAAAUCACAGCUUCGGCAGUGAAGCUGUCCACGGUCCGUCACAAAGUUGCCAUUGAGACAGCGCCAGAGGGCAGUCAGUAUCCCAGCACCACCCUGCCUCAAAAUGGCCAAUCGCUGGCCUUUUCUUACAACGUGAACCGUCCCUUCAUCUUCUUGAUUCGUGACGAGCCAUCAGGCGCGCUUCUGUUCAUCGGAAAGGUACUCAACCCUAGUGACCUGGCGAGUGUAUGAAAGCAGCGUACAUGCAUGCACACAGCUCUAUAAUGAUAUGCGUCAGUAUAUCACAGAGCUACAAGCUUCUAUACUAACAUCAGGCUCAGGAUUGAAAUUUUUCAAAGCUCCCAGUAUGAUUAGUACAGUCCACUUCCAUGUUUUAACACACUCAUAGUGCAUGAAUAGCCAGAAGUUUCGAGCAAAGCUUACUCCACAAACACACAUGCAUAAUAAAUGAACAUUCUCCUCUUAUGAAAACAGUCUAAUUUCAUGUCUUUAUAUUUAAAUUAAAAGGCAUGUAUACGCACAAAUUCCCAGAGAUUCAAUCUUCAGAUUAUCUUUAUUAGCAAGUUAUGAGGCAAAAAUUAGUGGAUUUGUUUAAUUCGUUCUGUGUCAUAUAUGUCAUAUACACAUUAAGCUGCAUAAUACUUCAACGCUCAUGGAUCACUAUGCUCUUUUGUUGGCAAAAAAGCCAUGUUGGCAAAUCCCAUACAUCCUCAGAACCCAAAUAAUAAAAUCUCAAACAUACCAGAUUAACAGUGCAUUUAAAUGGUAGUUUCUAGAUAAGAACUAUUUGGAUUCUGCAUUUGAGUGCCUUGUUGAUUAUUUUCAGCUAAAUGUAAUGCAUGCAUGACUCCUUUUUAGCAUUUGGCCAAUAUUCUGUUUGUAUAUUUACCAAGAGAAAUCAUCAGAAUUUGUAUAUUAAGAUCAAUAAAAAAAUGACAAACCA